AUGCUCAUUACUUCUUUCCUGAAGUCUUUUUUAAUAUAUUUGUGGUAUUUAAAGAAAAUUUUGUAUGAUAAAGAUUCUUUGAUUAAUUCACCGUGUUCAUUAGAAAACAUCAACUUCCAAUUAAUCGAUAAUCAAAGUGAAGACCCAACUGCAUUAAACGUUAUUCCAUAUCAAAACUUUCCAUUGUUCAUUGCAAGGCCAGAGUAUCAAUUUCGUCAUGGUGUUGCUUCGGGUGAUUCAUCAUCAAUUUCAACUAUCUUUUGGACUAGAAUUACACCAAGAAAUAAAGUGGCAAAAGCUAGUUUGAUACCUGUUUAUUUCCAAUUAUCAACAGAUCAAAAUUUCCAAAAUGUACACAUUUCAGGCAUCACAUAUACAAAUUCAUUGAUUGAUUUCACUAUAAAACUUCAUAUAAGGAAUUUGGAACCAAACCAAUCAUAUUAUUAUAGAUUUUAUGAUGAAAAAAAUAAUGAAAUCAUUGGUGAAUCAAAGACAUUACCCAAUGUAAUUGAUAAUUGCAGCUUAAUCGUCACCGAUUCAACAAAGAAAUUACAAACAUACAAUGCUUCAUUUGUACUGCAACUUAAUGACUUUAAAAAUAAAGUAUUCACACGUUUAAGAGAUUAUAGAUCCAGAUAUGCAUUUGAACAAAGGAUUCCAAAUGUAACUGUCCUAUAUGGUUCAAAUCCUGCUAUGUAUUAUGAAGAUUUAACACUGACAAAUUAUCAUAGAGCAUUACUUGAAUGGUUCCCAAUAAGACCACCAAAGAUAAGAGUUAUUGGUAAAACAUUUAAAUUUGGUGAUAAAUUCCAUAUAAGUUUUAUUAAUCACCAACAAAAAACAUUAAAUUUCGAAAAAUAUGACAAUAAUGCUAGAGAGGAUGAUUUUACUGAAUUGUCAUAUGAUGUUGAAUGUCGAAAUCAAAUUCAAAUAAAAAGUCCUUUAGGUAUAACGAAUAUAAAUCUUAGGGAUUAUAAAGGUAUUCUAAUGUUGGAAAUAAAUGAGGAUGGUGUCACAGUUGAUAAUUCAACAUAUGUGUGCUAA